AUGUGUCCUGAUUACGCAAAAUACUAUGGCGAUCGUGCUGAAAGCUACAUGAUGCAGAAGGAUUAUAGGAGAAGUCUCGAAGAUGCAAAAAAGUCAGUGGAAUUGGAUCCAAUGUUCAUUAAAGGACAUUGUGCAGUGAUCGAUAGUGCCAUUACACUUCACGAAUUCUCAGAAAUGGACAGUAGCAUAGCUCGAUUGAAAACACUUGAUCUUGCAUACGAGGUACUCCUGCAGCAAGUGGAUAAAAUGCGAAGAUUAGUUAUAAUUCUUGAGGAGGAAAUCUGUGCCAAUGCUGACAACGAUUACAGGAAGGUUUUAGAACAAAUCGAUGAGUCCCUGGAAAUUUGUCCAGAGUUUUUGGAUUACAAAGUCAAGAAAGCUGAGUGUCUGGUCAAUCUUGGACGGUUCUCGGAAGCUGAAAAAUUUGCGAGUAAAAUUUUGAAGCAGGACCCAAAAAACAGCGAGGCUCAUUACGUGAUGGGGAGAUGUUUGCGCAAAACGAGCAUUGUAGAAUCAGUGCAUCACUUCGAAGAAGCCCUCAGUCUGAAUCCACACUGUGUCAAAGACCGAAUGCUCUAUGAGACAGCUAAAAGAUUCCUAGAGCGGAAAACCGAGGCGAACAAUGCUUACAAAUCUCAGAACUUUGCGCAAGCCCACAGCGAAUACUCCACAUUAUUCUUAGAAUGUCGAGAAGACACAGGAAUGCUGACGACUCUGUUCUCCAACAUGGCCCAAGCGUCUUACAAACUGGGAGAUUUGGAUCGAUGUCUGCGAGAGUGUGACUGA